GUAACCAUUAACCGCAAGCCAAGUUGACUUUUGAAUUUUGAAAAAAAAGUUCACUCCGAACACUCGAGAUCAUGGAGUCCAAGUUGUGUUCGCUCGAUUAAAAAGCCCGCAAUCUUCGGAUCCAAAAGCGACUUUAUUUUGGGCGUUGAUUGUAUCAGCAGAACGUAUUACACAACGCGAAUUAUCGUUGCGUUCGCGACCGUUCCAAUCGAGCGCCCAUUUUCUGUGGAUUUGUUGUUGUUAUCGAAUGCCCACGUAUCGGACGAACGCGAUUGGUCAGUGGGAUUCUUCAGAAGUCGAGCGGAAUGCGGAUGCAAUCCACUCGGUGCUGACCAACGAUCAGUAAUUGCCAGCUCGGGGCGUGACCGUCGAUCCGAAGGGAACGCGCCGUCAAUUCCGGGACUGGUAGCCCUGCACCAUCGAACAAAACCUAAGGUUUUACGUCCUGUCCUAAGGCUCAACAUGUCCAACGCAGAUUUUGAUAGUCAAGACUUAGGUGGUGGUUCAAGUUUAGACAGUGAUUACUUAACAAUGUUAAGUUCUUCUGACAAAUUAAUGUCAGGUGAAUUUGAAGCUCUUGAACGACUUCAAGCUGAGUUAGAUUUAUUUGAUGAUCCAAAUCGAACUGAAGAAAUUGUAGAGCAAAUGGACGUAGAAAAUCAUCUAGAUUUGAUCGAAGAAGAAGUUUGUAGCGAUACAGGUGAUGCUAUUGCUAGUGAAGAUUUAGGAAAGAUAAAAGAAGAAAUAAUUGAAAGAGUAGAUGAUAAUCAAGAUAAUAUUUCUAUUAAAGAAAACAAUGAAACACAGAUUUUAGAACAAAUUAAAGUUGAACCUGUGGAAGAAGAAGUUAUUACUUUAAAACAACCUCAGGCUAAUUUACAAUCUGAGAUUGUUACUGUUUCUAGUGCAAGUGGAACUAAAAGAAGUGCACCAAUAAGUUCACAAGGAAGUCAACAAUCAAAAAAAUCUUUACUUACUAAAGUUAUGGUUAAUUCAAUUCCAAGUACAAGUACUGGAAGAAAUACUCAACAAAUUGUAUUAAAUGUUCCAAUCGGACAACGUCCACAGUUAGGUUCUACUAGGACUAUUACGCUAUCUCAAGCACGACAAAUGGGUUUACUUGCUCCAGGCUGUCGACUUCAGCCUGUGGCUUCUAGUACUAACACUACACAAAAUAAAAAUAUGGUUGUUAAUAAAAUUUCGGGAACCAUAAAAAAAGGAACUAGUUCUGUGAAAUCAUCUGGGCCUACUAAAAUUUUACCAGCACCAACUCUAAUAACCACUAAAAAUCCAAUGAUACAACAACAAAAGAUAUUUAUUCGACAAGGUAGUAUUUUUAAGCAAGGUACAUUAGUGUCUACUAGCAAUGGUUCAAAUCAGGUUAUACGAUUACCUUCAUCAAUGGUUGGACAAUCAUCACAAGUGUCAACUAUUCAGCAUAUACGAUUGCCAACUGUUAAUGCAACAAAUGUUGCUGGUUUACAACAAGUUAGAAUGCCAGUAACCUCAGGAAUACAACAAGUACUACCAAAUAAACAAGUUCAAUAUAUACGACUUGUACCCACAACGGCCACUAGUAGUUUAGCUUCAUCAACAGUUUCUGUUGUUACUACUACAACUGUUACAGCAUCUACUAAACCACAAAUAGUCACUUUAUCAACUUCUACACCAAAAUCAAAUGUCAAAACAACUAUAACUAAAACUUCUACUUCUAAUACUCAACAGCCAGUAACAAAUCAUAUUAAAGUUUUUUCUACUUCAUCUCAUACUGUGACUACUAGUCAACAAAGACCAAUAUUGCCUGCUAGUAAACCUAGUACCAGUUCAUCUAUGGAAUCAAAAAAAUCAAGUAGUUCUAACACUCCAAUUCCAUCUGUGAACCCUACUACAAGUUUGAAACAAGUUUCCGUUCCAAAAAUUACAGUGAAAGAAGAUGUUAUUGAAGAUAUUACUCCCCUUAGAAAAGAAAUGAAAAAUGAAAUUAAUUUGAUCAAUCCAAUUGUACCAAAGAUUGGUAGGCCUUCAUCUUCUACUGCAUCUGGGUUAUCUGAAACAAAACCCAAAUUAUCAAAUGAUGUAAACAAGACAAAAAAACCUUGUAACUGUACUAGAUCACAAUGCCUUAAACUAUACUGUGACUGUUUUGCAAAUGGUGAAUUUUGUUAUCAGUGCAAUUGUAAUUCAUGUUUUAACAAUAUGGAACAUGAAGAAGAUAGAGCACAGGCUAUUCGUUCAGUAUUAGAUAGAAAUCCAAAUGCAUUUAGACCGAAAAUAAAAAGCUUUGUGGGUCAAGCUGAACGACAACAUACCAAAGGAUGCAAUUGUAAAAGAUCUGGUUGCCUAAAGAAUUAUUGUGAAUGCUUUGAAGCUCGUAUAGCAUGUUCACAAAAUUGUAAAUGUGUUGGGUGUCGGAAUGUUGAUGAUGAUUCACAUACCUCAUUUGGUGACCAUUCAGGAACAUUAAUGGUAGAAAAUUUAAAAUCUAGAACGAAAUCUGCUAAUUUUGUUACAUCAUUUGGUAGCAUGCAAGCUGCAAAUGAUAUACCAAGUCAACCAUUCAAAUUUUUUACAACCGAUGUAGUACAAGCUACAUGUCGGUGUCUUUUAGCUCGUGGUAUGGAGGCUAAAAAAUUAAACGCUGGCGCUGAAGAAUGUCAACGUAUAAUUAUUGAAGAAUUUGGACAAUGUCUUGUCAAAAUCAUGGACCUGGCGUCUGAAAAGUCAUUUUUAUAGUCUAUAAAUUUUAUAUAGUAAAAUGUAGAGUAUUUAUAUUUAAUUUAAAAUUAUUUUAAACCGUAUUCAAACAUUGUAUUUCGUUUGUAUAUAUUUGCUCACUUAUAAUUUUAAUUAUAUUUUUGUGUUGGAUAUGAA